UGACGGAGGGGCUGUAAUUUGAGAGUAGCACAGAGGUAUUAUUAGUCAAAACUGAAGCGCGGCGCUUAAGAGGUCCAGAUGUUGUGUUUGAGGCACCAGGCAGAGUCGGGAGUGCAGCCACGUCGAGGCAAACUUUUUUAUUCACCGCUCUCCGGCUCGCCAACGGUGAUGCAAGCCGUCAGGCUGGGUUAAAGGACGAGAAACAAUUUCACGCCACUUUUUCUGUUUGUUUGGAGAGGCGGACAUUUAAACUACAGGCUUCAAUUAACUGCGUAGUUUGGAACCUAUUUGCAAUGAAAUAACCCUAAAAAGUGCGUCUUUUGCAAUUAUUUAAACCCAGUUUUUACACCCUGGAGCCGGCUUGUAUCAUGGCUUUUGUUCACUUGCUCUUAAGCGCCUGGAUGUUGUCACAACCAGCAUGUGGAGCUUUUUACCGGGGACCAUUACACCCAGAGAUGUCUAAUGGCACUUUUCAUCACUAUUUCGUGCCGGACGGAGAAUACGAGGACAAUGACGACCCGGAGAAGUGCCAGAUGCUUUUUAAGAUGACCGACGAGCGUAAGUGCAGCCUGGACGAGGACCAGUACCCCGUCAUAAGGGACGACUUCACCCUCAUCAAGCGGCAGAUCGAGGACUCGGCCCGGGUGCUGGAGGGGAUCGGGAAGAGCAUCUCCUACGACCUGGACGGAGAGGACAGCUACGGGAAGUAUCUGCGUAGGGAGACGGCCCAGAUCGGCGAGGCGUUUACAAACUCGGAGAAAUCCCUGCUGGAGCUGGAGGUGAAGUUCAAGCAGAGCCAGGAGAGCGAGCUGAAGGAGGAGCACCGGCUCAGUGACGACUUCCUCACCAUGAUCGUGCACACACGGGACGCCCUGAAGGAGACCCUGGACAUUUCCCUGGGCCUGAAGGACAAACACGAGCUGCUGUCUCUGAUCAUCCGCAGCCACGGAACGAGACUGAGCAGAAUGAAGAACGAGUACCUCAAAUUCUGAUAGGAAAAUAGUCCCCAUACAUUUCCCAUUACAUCACUUUUAAAUAUUAUUGUUUUUCAUGGUCGGCUAGAUCGACGUUUGGUGCUAUAUCCACACAUAUUUAUUUUGUGCAUGCAAGUUACAAUAGAUUGAUCAUCAAGGUUUUUAAACCUCAUUCAAGUAAAAAUGUGUUUUUUUUCGAAACAAUCCCUGCAUUUCUGACACAUUUCUCAAGAGCAUGGCAUCAUUUAUAGAAAUGUUGUCAUACUAUACAGUCAAACAUCAAAAUGUUAAAAUAGAGUUGAGCCAAGGCAUAAACGAACCAAACUGCUGCUUAGGGCCCAAAGACCAGCAGGGGGAGCCCAGGAGCAAUACGUUUCUUGCUCCAGUGGUUUACGCAUACCAAGUUUCAAAUAUUAAAAAAAAAUUCUUUAAAAAUGAAAUAUAUUUGCAAUAGCAAGGAACUGACACAUUUUGCUGCUUCUAAAUACACAGAGGAAAAUAUUCAGAGUUUGAUUGACAGUUAUAGUUAAUAAUUAAUUAAUUAUUGAUCAUUUUUGUUGCAUUUUAGGCACACUAACUGCAAAUACAUUAGUAAAUUACUUUUUUUUCUUUUGCUUGUAAGAGUACCCAGUUAGGUUGACCCUCCUUUCUAACUCUACUUGAGUCUGUUUUAAAGAGCUGCUCCCUGGACUCAAUAAUCAGAACAAAUGAGAAAAUGAGAAAAGUAACACAAUUUAUUUACUUCUUUUCAUUUCAUAAAUAACAUAACAUUAACAAUUUUGGGAGUCAAAUAAACACAUUUGUGUUCAUUUGGUUUAAUUGUUUCAGUACAAAAAACUCAGAAAUUUAAGCAAUCUAGCUUGAGCAGUUAAGGUUUUCUUGUUGCUGUGGUGGCCAGUGGGUGAAACGCGGUGAUGUAACAUAACUGCAAAACCUCUGUUCAUUAAUAAAAAAACAAUAAAUGUUUUGCGGCCCUGGACUAUUGCCCUAUUAAGCACUUACUAAAGUCCGACCCACGGUGUUACCAAUACACAGAAACCCGGGUCAGUUUUCACUUACCUUAACGUUUUACCUCUUUUUUUUUUUAUUGCAAAUAACAGUUGUAUUUAAAGUCCCCAAAUAAAAAGAAACAUAUUUUUAAAUUUAAGUAAAAUUUGUUUAAAAUCAACAUAAAAUGGGUGCAGUUUAGUCACCUGGAUCUCAGGGUUGUGUAUUGUAGAGCAGCCACAUGUCAGAAUUUGUUUUAUGGUUGAUGAAUUAAAUUGUAUGUUAAAGAAAAUUACAAAAAAAAAAAAAAAAUUGCACCUACAGUGACUUUUCUUACAAUAGUAUGCAACUUGUAAACUAUCCCAAAUUUUAGUUAAAGUUAAAGACAAAUCACCUUUUUUAACUGUACACUGGACUGUUUCCAUCAUCAAUCAAUCAAUCAAUAGUCAAAUUAAUAUCAUGUUUUUUUGUUUUUCAUGGAAUAUGUAACUGAUGUGUUGGUAAUACCAUUUCUUGGGAAGAAAAACAGCCAAAUGGAAAAAUAUUACCGAAUCAAAACCCCAAAAUGCUGGCCAGACAGCCUAAAAGCCUACCAAGAUUACUAAUCUGACAAAGCAAACAAAAUAGGUCUACAUUUAUCAUUUUGAAUUGUUCAUUUUUAAUUAGAACAAAUUAAACUGGCUGAAGAUUUGCACAAGAAAAUCAAACACAAAAUGUAACAUGGGUAGCUGUAUUUCCCAUCUAUAUGUAGUAUGAAUAUAUGAAUAAAUGUGUGUAUGAAUGGAUGGAUUGAUGUUUUACAGAUGUAUUUGAGAAUAGAAUUUAAAUCUAAUAACAUUGCCUAGUUUAUAUGUUAUAUGUUUAUACUCUCUCCUGAAUGCCUUAUGCUUGUCUUGGUUUUGCAUUUAAAGGCUCUAUAUUUAGCAGUGAAACAGCUAAUUAUAUUCGGGGGAAAAGUCCUACAAUAAGGAACAAUAGUUGCAUCUCUUUGACCAUCGUGAAUAAAGUUUUUCUGAGAAAAUCAAAAAAUGUUUACAUGUACACCAAACCAUAGGUUGUAAUUUUCUCUGAUUUUGUUUUUAUUGGCUUACAAAUGUUACACAAGUUUUACUGCUUCAGUGCUAAAGGUUGUGACUAUUGCUUAAAAUGUAAGCCCCUUGCUGUGCUUUUUUGUUCAAGGAAUACAAUCUUUUAAAAUAUACAGGUUAUUAUUAAAAGCAAAUACUGUGAGUACCUUUAUAACAGAAUACCUUAAUCUAUAUUUGUGUUCAUGUACAUUUUUUCAACUCAAGGAACACAGAUAUCUGUGUUUAUGUUUUAGGUGUUACCAAGAUGUGAUACUUUGACAGACAAGACUGCAGGCAGCACUCAUGUAAUUUUGAGUUUAAUGAAUAAUCUGUUUGACAACAUACUUAACCGACUGUAUUGUGACUUUUGAAAUAAACUAAUUAGGUACAAAGGG